AUGCCGAAUAACGAUAUGAGUUUUGUCACCCAAGAUGAUCAUGGAUUUAAUCCUCCCACGAACGACCUCAGGAUCCACGGGAGACCAUUUGGGCUCGAGAAAGCCUACGACUACGAGGCAGGGGGCCAUCACCCUGUCCAUUUGGGAGACUUGCUCCACCAACGCUACAAAGUCCUUCACAAGCUGGGCAGUGGUGGGUAUGCGAAUGUAUGGCUCUGUCGCGAUACCUCCUCGACCGACCCUCGAUAUGUGGCUUUAAAGAUCAUCAUGGCUGAGGGUUCAACGCCGAAUUGCCCCGAGCUGCGUAUAUACAAGCUCAUCGAACUGGGGCUUGGCCAAGAGUCAGCGGCUGAGCACUUCUGCCUCCCUCUCGAUCGCUUCGACAUCGACGGGCCUAACGGCAUUCAUUACGUCUUCGUCUAUCCCGUUCUGGGGCCCCGAGUAUCUAGGGUUUUUAACGUUAUAAAAUUGGAAGACCCGGGUAUUCCAUUGAGGGAGCUUUGUUUUCAGACAACUCUUGCGAUGGCUGUGCUUCAUAAAUAUGGCAUAUGCCAUGGUGAUUUCCGUCCUGCCAAUAUCCUCCUCCGUCUCUCUGGGCUCGACGGUCUUAACGAGGAAGAGCUGUUUGCCAUCUUCGGUCCCCCCCAAACUGCUCAAGUUCUCAAGCAUUCUGGUGAGGCACAUGAUAUGCCCACAGCUCCCCAGUAUGUCGUCUACCCAAUCGACUGGGAUGACGUGGCAUCAAGCGCGGCAGGAUCAAACCUCAUCCAGAAUAAAGCCUGCAUCACUGACUUCGGCGAAUGUUUCGAGAUUUCGACUCCGACCCUUGACCUAGGCAUCCCCCAAGUCUACCUUAGUCCCGAAUACUGCUUGGAAAGGAAAAAGCUGCCGGAGCCGUGGUGGUCCGAGACUUGGACAGCGCGAAAGCGCUAUUUCCAAGAUGACACGGACUCGAAUGGACUCGUUGUGGCUGCCGACAACACAAAGGAGAAUGGAAGGACAGGAUAUGGUGAUGGAGAUAUCGCGGACAUACCCAGGGUCGUUAUCGAUCAGUCAUAUCCAAGAUCUCUCCAAGCUGCGAUUGCUGAAGGACUCUUCUACGAGUACAAAAACAGCAUCGAGGGCGUCGAAAGAAGCAUACCCCAAAAGGAGAUUGCCAUCUUCGCGGACCUGCUUUCAAAAUUGCUUCGGUAUUCUCCCUCAGAGCGUAUUUCACCGAGUGAGGCAUUGGAACAUGAGUGGUUCCAGCUGGAGAAAUCCGAUGGCUAA